UCGUGUUUCUGACAGUUCUUGUGUGAGUUUAGUUCAACAAUAGACGUCCGACAAGCGUGUAUUGUUUUCGGGAGUAGAACGUAAAUAUUUCCACAUCAAAUUGAACAAUUUCAUCAUGAAUCGUGGACGCUUUCGUAAUAAUCGAAACAACCAGUAUCGUAACGAUAAAAAGGUUGAUUUGGCAUCGAGUGGUGACGACAAUAAUCCAGUCGUCAGAAGUUUUCGCGAAUAUGCGAAUGAAUUGAAUGACAAACAUGAUCGGUACGAACGCAUUGUGAAACACGGCCGUGACAUCACGAUUGAAAGCAAGCGAUUGAUAUUUCUGUUGCAUACAGUGGAUAUGCGCAAGCCAAAUGCCACCAAAAUUCUAUCCGAUGCAUACACCCGGCUGAACAAUAUUUGUAUCAACAGUUUUUCAAGCAUCGCCAAGGAACUGCACAACUGCGACCCAUACCAAUAUGGUCGCGCAUAUUCGGCUGGGAUACAGGAAUUUAUCGAAGCGUUCACGUAUUAUGAUUACUUGUUCAACGAUCACAUCAUGAAUUGGUCUGAUCUACAAGAGCGAUUGACGUACAUAGUGAAACCGGACGAUGGUUCAGAUGCUGCCAAUGCAGAAACUGCCAACCAAGGGGAAGAACCGAGCACAGAAGGCGUCAGCAACGAAGCCAGCUCUGAAAUGACUGCAAAGGAAGAAGAACCAGAAGGUUUGAAGGAAAUGACAUGCUUGGUUCAGCCAAUCGAAUUCAUGCUCGGCUUGGCCGACUUAAGCGGCGAAAUCAUGCGGAAAUGCAUCAAUUCACUGGGCAGCGGCGAUAUUGAAACAUGUCGCAAGGCUUGCAACUUUGUACAACAUCUUUAUUCUGGAUAUCUGAGCCUGGGCUCGAUUCGCCACAAGGAAAUGUCCCGAAAGAUGCACGCAAUGUAUCAAAGUGUGUUGAAAGUCGAAAAGGUGUGCUACAACAUCAAAGUUCGCGGCAGCGAAGCGGCCAUUUGGAGCUCAAACGAUGCCAACGAAAAAGAGCGCGACGAUGAUGUCGAUGAAGGAUUCGCCAAUUACUAAAUCAAGACACAUUCUAUGCAACGCAUCAUUUUCCAAAUUUAUUUCAUUUAUGAGAUAUUCUCUCCAUUUUUGGCUUACGAAACAAUAAAAAUAUCGCUUACACCU